CAUACAUACAUCUGCACCUGAACGUGCAUCUUGUAACCUUACAGUGCCAGCUUUUAUUUGAUUGUUAGAUGUUAUGUAUCUAAAAUGUUAUGUAUUAGAUUACAUAUGUAUGUCAUUGUUUUUUUUUGAAAUUUCGAAUUGGAUUAACACGGAAAAUAUUUUAUGUAAAUUUGACUUGAAUUUUAACAUACAAAACAUACAUUAUAGAGCAAUAACAUACCAAUGUACAUGUAUGUAUGUGGUAUAUUGAAUUACCAUACUCGCAUUGUAUGUACAUACAUUGUGUUACAUAUGUGGCAUUGCACUUCCAGCUAAACGUCUCCUCACUGCUCGACUACAAAAAACCAAUGGGAAAUGAAAGCAGCAGGCUGAAGCUGAAAGGCAUAACUACUUACAAAAAUGUAGUGCAGGAAAAUGAUUUCUGGACGCUGUAUAAUGGCGAGUGGCCUUCGCCCUCAGAAGCAGAGGGACAUUGUCAACUACUAUCGAUUUUUGAGGAGAAAACUUUUGUAUCUGGAGGCCUGUGGGCGGAUGGUCCAGGACCCUUGGAAAGAGCAAUAAAGAAUUUUAUGGUCUACCGACAUCCGUACAUAAUGAGGUAUGUGGCGACGUGGGAGCAGUCUGGACUUAAGUUCCUUGCCACAGAAAGGGUCAGCCCGCUCAACGACGUUCUUCUACAGCAAAGCAAUAUUCAAAUUUGCCUUGGUCUGCGCGCAAUAUUGUGUAGUCUCAUAUUUCUGGUGGAGACAGCUUUAGGAAGACAUUUUAAUAUAUGCACGAAUUCUGUUUAUGUGUCUGUUAGUGGAAGUUGGCGACUGGCAGGUUUUUCAUAUGUAUGGACAGCCAAAGAUAUUAACAAGCGCUUGCUGGAAUUUAUCCCUUUAUUAAUGGGCACAAAUAACAAUGGAGAAAAUUUUGAGCAGUUCGCUUUUGCUACGAUGUGCGAAGAAAUUUUUGAAAAAAUACGUUCUGAUGAGACGGAUGUACCUUAUGUCCAUGAGUUUCGGGAAUACUGUAGGGCACAUUUAAAACAUCAAAACAGCCAGCUUAGGCCAAAACUCUCUGCAGUCUUACUGCACCCUUAUUUUAAUCAUGAAUUUGCGGUAAUACAUUCUUUUCUUUUUGAAUUGCCGCUGAAAUCAGUCCAAGAGCGACACACGUUCUUUUUAAAUUUAGUGGAGCGCCUACGGUGUUUUGAAGAAAAAAUGGUAGCAUCACUAUUGGCUAAUGACUUACUUUCUAGGAUGGUCCUACUGGAUUCCACGGCACAGCAACAUGUUACUCCCUAUGUGCUGCGUACAAAAACUUUAGACAGAGCUACGCCAUUAUUUACCCCUCAGACGUAUGUUCAAUAUCUGUUGCCUCACAUACUAAAAAUGUUUAGACUCAGGGAUGGACAGAUUCGAUUAAUUUUAUUAGAUUUUUUUACGGAAUAUAUUUGUCUUUUAAGCGAAGAUCAGUUGCAGAGAGAAAUUCUUCCUCAUUUACAGCUUGGUAUGAACGAUACAAAUGAAGUUUUAGUGGCUAAGACAAUAAGGUGCAUGGCUGAUUUAGUUCCCAUUAUGGGAGCAACCAAAGUACUUGGCGGCGAACGUCGCCGAUAUUUUUCCGAUGGGCGACCUAACGCAGCUGUGCCUAUAAAAAACACUAAAGAAAUAUUGGAACCGCGGUCAAUAACUCCUUUAAUGAACAUUAACUUCGUAGACGCAGACGACAAAGAAUUUAUGGUCUCUGGCAGUCCGUUGCCAUCUGACAAUAACCAUACAUUGUUACCACUUCGUCUUAGUCCCGACGGUGGUGAGGACGACCAUGAAAAAAUUAAUUUAAAUGAUAAAUCAUUUGAAACCACCUUUAAACCCAAUUCUGAAACGAACUUUAUUAACUUUCCUAUAGAGCACGAAACAACUAAACUUGAUUUCGGAGAGGAAGAUGUUUGGUCUGAUUGGGAAAAUACAGAUGCAGCACCGAACUUGCAAGCCACCAGCUGUACCACUUCACAAGUGGCAAAAGAAUAUUUUACAGACCAUCAACUUCGUUCAAUUGUCUCAAAAGAAUCCAACUUUUCGGCGACCCAAAUGGAUCCAAAGAAUAUGGAUGAUCUAAGUGCGUUGGAUAUACAAGUGCAGUCAAAGGACCAAUCGGAGUGCUUAAGUGAAGUUGAUUAUUUUAAGGACAUGGAGCCUGUUAUCCACAGAACAGAAAGAGACAGGCAAUUUUCGGAUUCUAUUAAAAUAGAUUCUAGCCGUUUUGCUGCUGUUCCAUUAUUUACCGGCUUAGAUAUAGAUAAUACGGAUGUAGGCUGGGGGCAUAACUUACCAGAUGAAGAUAUGGACUUUAAUGUCACCGGCACACCCUAAGUUGGUUUUUAUCAAGAUUAUUUGUGCCAAUUUCGCCCACGUUCUUCAAUGUUUUGAUGGAAUGUAAAAAGCAAUCAGCAUAAUAAAUAUUUUCACUGUCUUUAAAGAAAAUGUAAAU